AUGGAUGUCAUCGGUGUGACGGUGUCAGCGACCCCCACCAGGUUGGUUCCCGCUUUUUGUCUUUGCCAACGGCAAGCAUGUCGCAAGAAGCUCGAGGGGGAGCUCCGAGCUACUUUUAACCUCUGUGCAUCCUCACUCUCUGAGGCCUUGCAACUUCAUCUACAGUCGUUGAAAAUCAGAUCGCAAGUCAACAUGGUGAAGAGGAUAUACUUUCUGGCCCAUGGCGGUCAAGUGCAAGGUGUCGGAUUCCGGUACUUUACGCAAAAGAGAGCCACAGAGUAUGGUCUUACGGGAUGGUGUCGCAACACUGAUAACAACAAGGUUGAGGGAGAGGCGCAAGGUGAUGAGGAUGCGCUGAAGAAGCUGCUUAAGGACAUUGACGAGGGACCGAGAUCCGCCAGGGUUGUCAAGCUUGACCAGGAGGAGAGAGAUCUUGUUCAGGACGAAAAGGACUUUGCAGUUCGGCGAUGA